AUGGAAGCGCGGCUGAAGAACCAGCUUGGCGACGAACUCUACCAAGCCUGCAAAGAGGGCCGGCUAGAGGACAUCACCUCAUUAAUCGAGCGUUGCCGAGCUGCCAACCCCACUUACAGCCCUCCAUUGUCCGCCAUGAUGACAGCCGCAGCUUCGAGGGACCGGGCGAACGCAGUCGCAUACUGCCUCCGAGAAGGCGGCUCAGUCACCGACGCCGUUAUGGGAGCAUUGGUUGGCAACCACUCUUUCGAAACCCAUAAGCUCCUCGUUACAUCAAAGGCAGUUGACGUCAACCGUGUGAUCCCGUGGCACGGCGAUAUACUUGCGGUAGUUGCUCCAGCCGGUGACUACGAAUGGGCCAAGUUCUGCCUGCAAAACGACGCAAAUCCAAACCUCAACAUGGUUGAUGGGUUCAAACCCGUGCUGGCAGUUACCGCAGAGAGUGGUACAACUGAUAUAGUCUCGCUGUUGCUCGAACAUGGAGCAUGGUUGAAGGGCAGCGGCGCCAUCGUGCUUGCUGCUGAAGCGGGGAAGAAGGAUAUGGUUAGAUUCCUGCUGGAGCACGGUGCGGAUAUCGACGAGAUCGGGGUGGAAGACCCUACCGAUGAGAGGGAAACAGCAGAGAUGGGCAGCGCUCUGCACAAGGCAGUAAGCGCUGGUCAUAAGGGGGUUGUCGAGCUAUUGAUAGAUAAAGGCGCAAACAUCGAGCUGAAAGAUGCAAAGGGACGAACGCCGUUGGGCUUGGCCGAAGAGAGUAGGAAUGCAGAUAUAGUAGAGCUGCUACAGUCUCGCGGUGCAAGGUAA